GAAUGCUGGGUUGUUUACAUUACUGGCACACGGGUCAGGAGUGUGGUGAUGAGAGGGGCCUAGCCAGUGGAGACGAGACUAUCUGAAAACACGUACACACACACACAAAUCUCGACUGGCUCUACCACAGCAACCGACUCUCCCUCUUCCUCCGUGAAAACUUGUUUUUUUUAAACUCUCGGGAAACGGUGCCACGCAGGACGAGAGCUCCACUGAGUCAACUUUAUUAUUUUUUUAUUUUUUUGGAGAGACCUUGGAAAGAAAAGGGAAAGUCAAAACAAAGACAACCGCCAUAACCAUCAGAAGAAAGUCUCAACAGGAGGAGAUAGCAUAGCAACAGAAUCCCACUUCCUGAGGUGCAAAGGAUCAAGCGCCUAACACCAUGGAUAUGGACACGCAGCCUCAGGGACAGCAAGCAGCCGUGCCCGUCUUUCAACCCCAGAAACCAUUGCAACCAGAUAUGGGCCAUAACUCGCUUGCAAACUUCCAGAUUGAGAAGAAGAUUGGACGUGGACAGUUCAGUGAAGUGUGGCGGGCGAGGUACCUGUUAGACAACACGUCAGUGGCUCUGAAGAAAGUCCAGAUAUUCGACUUGAUGGAUGCCAAAGCUCGGCAAGAUUGCAUCAAAGAGAUAGAUCUCCUUAAGCAAUUGAACCACCCCAAUGUGAUAAAGUACCACGCGUCUUUUAUUGAGGACAAUGAGCUGAACAUAGUCCUGGAGCUGGCAGAUGCAGGGGACCUCUCACGUAUGAUCAAGCACUUUAAGAAGCAGAGGAGGCUCAUCCCGGAGAGAACAGUGUGGAAGUACUUUGUCCAGCUCUGCAGUGCACUUGAGCAUAUGCACUCCAGGAGAGUCAUGCACAGAGAUAUCAAGCCAGCCAAUGUAUUCAUCACAGCUACUGGAGUAGUGAAACUAGGAGACUUGGGACUGGGACGAUUCUUCAGCUCCAAAACAACCGCCGCUCACUCGCUAGUGGGUACUCCUUACUACAUGUCACCGGAGAGGAUACAUGAAAACGGAUACAACUUCAAAUCUGACAUCUGGUCGCUAGGAUGCCUGCUCUACGAGAUGGCAGCCUUACAGAGUCCGUUCUAUGGAGAUAAGAUGAAUCUUUAUUCCCUUUGUAAGAAGAUAGAACAGUGUGACUACCCCCCUCUUCCCUCAGAUCACUACUCAGAGGAGCUGAGGAACUUGGUAGAUAUGUGCAUCAACCCCGACCCGGAGAAGAGGCCGGACAUCACCUACGUGUACGACAUUGCCAAACACAUGCAGAACAUGACACAAGGCAGCUAAGCCUGGAGUUACACAAACUUUAGCUUGCAGAACUCCUUCCCCUCCCCCCUUUGCUUUAGAUGCCGGACUCAUACACAUCUAUCAGCUUUUAUACGAUAACUAACUCAUAAGUUAAGCCCCCUGUGUUAAGUAGAACCUGCUACAUAUUAGUAUUUCAAAGGUGAUGGUUCUGUGUAUAACAUGAUGUAGACACCAAACCUUACCUGCGCUAGGAUAAAGAUUUAAGAGAUGUUGCUUAGCUGUCUGACAGAACUCCCCUUUUUAGACUUAUAUAAUGUUACAUCGCUGAAAGUCAAUAUAUUGUAACUCACAUGUGGAUUUACAUUCAGACAUUCAAAUCGUUCUUUAGCAGCUGUGCUGAGCAGAUGCUACAUCGGACAUAAACUCUACAUAUACAUUUGUAUUAAAAAAAAAGUUAGGUGUUAGCCUUCUGGAAACAAUUAGUGCAGAUAUCCUCUAAAAUGACCUUGUAGGCUUUUGUUGGGUCUCAUGAGUAGGAAUAGGUUUUGUUAGUUUUGAUUGAUAUUGAUACUUUUAUGAAGACUUAACAAUCCAGGUCUUUAUUAAUAACACUAUGAAUACUUUUCUCUUACUAUGUUUCUCGCUAGAUGUUUUCUUGAUGUGACAUUUGAACACAUCAUUCUGACAUUUUAUUUACCUUUGCCUUAUAGUCAUUCCACUACAUAUACUAAUUAGUGAAAGAGUUUACUGUAUGGGUGUAGAAAAUUACAGAACCGACCUGAAAGUCUCCAUGAAACAGAACAAAAUGAUCAAACAUCUGAGUGCACGGUGAGUCAUCAGAAAUGUGAAAUGUUUUAUAGGAAGAGAAAUUACAUCAAAUUUAAUGUAAAAAUACUCAGAUAAUGCUUUAAUGAAAUAUAUUAUGCAGAUAAUGUCAGAUAAAUUAGCAUUUAACACAGGAACCAUUGAGGAUUAAAACCAUUUCAUGGGGACUUAAACAGAACAGGGCUUUGAUCCUCAUCCCUGCUCAUGAGACCUCUGGACAGCAAGUGACACAAAAAAAAAAGCCUGAAAACUUUGAGCACAACAGUGAAGUUCAAGUAAAGAGACUUUCACUCAAUGGCAGAAAGAACGGAGAGAUAUAAUAGAGUGUUUGAUGGUUGAAGCCUCGUUGUGUUGCACUUUUGACCCUGGUACUGGAAGUCUGGCAGGGUGUUAAUGUCUAAUGAAUGUAUAAGGAAAGGAAGGAUCAUUUCAAGGGUAAACUGGAGACGUGCACGGGGGAGAACAUGGGCAACUGUCUCCAGAACACUUUGAAUGUUAGUCAUUUUGACAUCUAUGUAUUGUUUUUAAAAAUUUAGAAUUACUCUUUUUUUUUUUUUUUGACAGCCUCGAAGAAGUAGAAGCUGAAACUAAAUGUCACUGACAUGUAAUUGUUCCUCCUUUGCUUGACUUCUUAUUAUUACAUAUUCUGAGUUUUUUUAUUUUAUUUUAAGGAAUCUAAAAAAUACAGUGAGAGGAAAAUCUAAAAAAAAAAAAAAUCUUCACAUCGUUGUCCAGUGGAUGCUUUCGACCCACCAGAGGGGGUACAAAGUGUGGUUAUUGUUAAAGUUGCUGUGUGAGUUUGCAGUCGAAUUGUCUUCUUAAGCAACAAAUAAUGUUGGAGAGAAAUCAGGGUCUACCCUUAGGUAACCGUCCGCUUCACAAAUAAAAUCACAGCGUAACUACCUAAUUUUUGUCCUCAGCUGAGAAACCAAAGACACAAAAAGAGAAUUUAAUGUAGGAGUUUUCUUUUUUUUUUUAGUUUAACAAAGAAAAAAUAAUAUGCAACAGCAAAGGAAUGUUGUCAUGUUGUUUUGCUGUAGAUAGCGAGUUCCUGUAGUUUUGAGUCUGUAGUGGCCUUAUAUUCAUUUGGCAGAAGUCAGCAGUGGAUGAAACUAAAGUAUAUAAACAUAUAAACAAAAUAUGUUGUUUUUACUGUUAAUAGGUUUACACCGGGGGGCUCUCAAAUGACCAGCACUGACUCCCAUUGGUUUACAUGAUUACAAUGAUAUCACCUGGGAGGUUAAACACGCUGUGUUUCAGAGCAUUAUGACUUAUCUUUUUAAAUGAUCAAAUACAGUGUUAACUGUUCAAUCAAAAUAUUGGACAAGCAGACCCAUUCUUCUUUUUAUAUUAACAUUUAAUUACAUCUUCUAUAUAAAAAAGUCAAAGCAAGACAAUGUAAGUUAUUUUGUUUUGUUAAACAGAAUAUGUCGACAUUGUGUUAAUAUACAGUUACUUGUCUGAGACUUGCAAAUACAUUGUUUGCAAAUGUGCACCUUCUUCUUGUUGUUCAUUUUACAAAGCCUUUAUUUUACCUUUUUUUUUUUCUAUUUCAGUAGUCGUGCUUUCUUUCCAUCCUCCUCUCCCACAGUUCUGUUUUGUCUUGAAUCUUUGUCUCUCUAUUUCGUGCAACUUGCAAACUAUUUUGUGAAAACUCUGCUCGUAUGUUACAUAUGUAUCUGUCAUAAGACCAAAGAUCCAUUUCAGAUUUAGUAAAAAGGUUUCAGAACACGUGAUGGCUGUUAAUUGGCUUUAAGUGUAUCGUAGAUGUCAAGUCUGCUUUUUUAAAAACAAUAUUUAUAAGGUGUUUUCAUCCUUCCCCUUGUUAUGAACGUUGAAUAUGCAGUACAAAGUCAUGUUGCAUUGCCUCAAAUGAUAUCCCUUUAAUAAUGGUUAAAGCUUCUCUUUAUGUACACAAACUUUUUUCCCACUUUUUUUUUUUUGAAACCCUCAAAAGGAGACGAAUUGCAAAGUCACUUUAAUAAUCAUGGAACAUUGUUGAUGGGGAGAACUUUUGGUCUUUCUAUAACUUCCGUUGACUCAGUUUACAUUUCCACAGGCUCUCUGUCCAUGCAAUGGAUCACCCCAGGGGGUGUUCAAAAAAUAUGAUAUUUAAAUGGAUGUUUUAGGAUUUGGUUUUUUGGUUCUCUUUUUUUUUUUUUUUUUUUUUUUUACAUUUCAUGUCAAAUUGAAGACCCUCCUCACAAAGGCAUUGUAUGGGAAGUAUUGUAAUAAAGCUUUCAGUUUUUGUUUGGACUUUAAA